AUGUUAGUAGAGUUAUUACGAGAUGAAAAUUAUGGUAAAUGGGUGAAUGAUAUGCCUGAUGCAUUAUUUGCAAAAAAUAAAAUGAGUUUUGUGGAUGGAACUCUUAUUAUGCCAACACUAGAUUCACCAUAUCUUCAGCCAUGGAUGCGGUGCAAUGCAAUGGUAAAAGGUUGGCUUAAAAGUGCUAUGGACAAGGAUAUUCGUGGUAGUGUUAGAUUUGAUGUUACUGUUAGGGAUAUAUGGCAUGAUCUAGAAGAGAGGUUUGGCAAAGAAAGUGCGCCAAGGGCCUUCGAAAUUAGACGGGCAGUAACACUUCUCCGCCAAGAUAAAGAUACUGUUUCAACCUAUUAUACAAAGCUUAAAAGCUUGUGGGAUGAGAUGAAUUGCACAGCACCCUUGCCCAUGUGUAACUAUCAAGGUUGCAAGUGUAACUUAACAAAGAAAUACGCAGAGUUGCGUGAAAAGGAGCAACUUUAUGAUUUUCUUAUGGGUCUGGAUGAAGAGUUUAAUACAGUGAAGAGUCAAUUCUUGGUACGAGACCCAUAUCAAGCCUUGGUGUUGCUUAUCACAUGGUCUCUGAAGAUGAACAACAGCGACUUGUUUCCUCCACGGCUAAACAUGGAACAGAGAUGA